CGCGCGUGCGCGUGUGUGUACGUGAGAGAGAGAGACGGAGAGGUCCUCGUCAGCUACGAUGCCGGCGCUCCCCCUCCUCCUGUCGCUCGUCGUGCUCGCCGGCGCCGACGCGAGGCCGCCGCCACUGCGGCUCGUCCGCCCCGCGCGGAGCAUCGCCUUCGACGAAGGCUACGCGCAGAUGUUCGGCGACGGCAACCUCGCUCUGCUCCGCGACGGCCGCCGCGUCCACCUCUCUCUCGACGAGUCCACCGGCGCCGGGUUCGCCUCGCAGGACCUCUUCCUCCACGGCUUCUUCAGCGCCGCCAUCAAGCUCCCCGCCGACUACGCCGCCGGAGUGGUCGUCGCAUUCUACCUGUCGAACGGCGACACGUACGAGAAGACCCACGACGAGCUGGACUUCGAGUUCCUGGGCAACGUUCGGGGCCGCGAGUGGCGGGUGCAGACCAACGUGUACGGCAACGGCAGCACCGCCGCCGGCCGGGAGGAGCGCUACGACCUCCCCUUCGACCCCACCGACGCCUACCACCAUUACUCCAUCCUCUGGACCCGCCACCGCAUCAUUUUCUACGUGGACGAGACGCUGAUCAGGGAGGUGGUGAGCACGGCGGCGAUGGGCGCGGCGUUCCCGUCGAAGCCGAUGUCGGUGUACGCCACCAUCUGGGACGGCUCCGCCUGGGCGACGCUCGGCGGCCGCUACAGGGUCAACUACAAGUACGCGCCCUUCGUCGCCGAGUUCGCCGACCUCGUCCUCCACGGCUGCGCCGUCGACCCCGCCGAGAAACACUCCGCCGCCGCGGCGGCGGCGGCGGCGACGUCGUGCGCGGACGCGGCGGGCUACGAGGGGGCUGCCGCCGUGUCCGUGCCGCAGCGGGCCGCGAUGGCGGCGUUCCGGCGCGGCCACAUGUCCUACUCCUACUGCCACGACCGGAGGAGGUACCCGGUCGCGCUGUCCGAGUGCGCGCUCCCCGGCACCGGCGCCGGCGCCGGCGUCGCCUCGCUCGCCCGCGUGUUCGGCCCCGACGGGAUGCGGCUCGACGGCCGCCACCGCCGCCCGCGCCGCACCCCCGACGCCUCGUCGUAG